UUUGGAAUUUAAAUUCAGAGAGCGUCUCGUUUUCACAAAGAAAGCUCAGCGGAGCACAUUGUCCCCGCCAUUUCUAAUUCGAAUCAGAAGCCGUACGUGCACCAGUCUUCCCAGCAGCAAGAACAUUUCCCGCCAAAUCCGUUCCCAAACCGCUAGGGUUUCUCUUCACUUCUCUCCCGCGUCCUUUUCGAAUAGCUGUAACUUCGUCUUUCCGAUUGGUAGAGACAAAAAAGAACAAAGAAAUUUUCAACUUUUGCGAAGAUUUCGUACGAAUCGGAUAGACGGCCGAGUUGGACGAGCGGAAGAUCACAGUCGGACGGUCUGUAGUUUGAUAGCUGAAGGUUUUGUUCUGAAGUCAACGGAAUCAAAGCUUUGGAGCAGAAUUUGGGCUAACGUUCAGAUAUGCCAGUGCAUUAGAGAUUGUCUUCAAAGGUUGAAAUGAGAUGCAAUGCGUGUUGGCGAGAACUGGAAGGGCGAGCCGUUUCUACCACCUGUGGCCACCUUUUGUGCACAGAGGAUGCGGGCAAGAUCCUUGGCAAUGAUGGAGCGUGUCCAGUUUGUGAUCAAGUGCUCUCUAAGAGUCAUAUGAAGGCUUUUGAUAUCAAUCCAAAUGAUGAAUGGAUAAGUAUGGCCAUGAUUGGAGUGUCUCCACAGAUAUUAAUGAAGAGUGCACACAAAAGUGUCAUGUUCUACAUUGGCCAAAGGGAAUUGGAAAUGCAGUGCAAGAUGAACAGAAUACAAGCUCAGUAUCGGCAGAAAUUUGAAGCAAUGCAAGAGAAGUUUGGUGAGAAAAUGGAACAGCUGCAUGCCGCAUGCCAGAAAAUGGCAAAGAGGUGCCAAAUGAUGGAACAAGAAAUUGAGAGCUUGUCCAAGGAUAAGCAGGAGCUGCAGGAAAAGUUUUCAGAGAAAUCCAGACAGAAGAGGAAAUUAGAUGAAAUGUAUGAUCAAUUGAGGAGUGAGUACGAGUCAGUUAAACGAUCUGCCAUCCAACCUUCGACCAAUUUCUUUUCAAGAAACGAACCCGAUAUUUUCUCAAACCAAGCUAACAUUAUGAUGGAUAACAGAGAAGCUGUUAGAAAAGAUUGGCCGGUUAUCACUCCUGAAACGCCAGGGCCGAAGGAGGAUAUAUGGCCAGCAAGACAGAAUAGUUCAAACUCCGGGGCACCUUUUGACAUCACGCUUGAAUCACAAGCAAAACAAGCUGCUAUUCCAGUUGAUGCUGGGAACAGAAGGGCUGGUGCUCACACUAUGUUUGGAAACGGAGCGAGCAACCCCUCAAUGACUCUAAGAAACAUGAUACUCUCCCCAAUAAAGAGGCCUCAGUUCUCCCGCCGUCCCCAGAUGUUCACGUUCUAGGCUCGAAGUUGAGUGCUCGCUGUUCGCUGAAAGUCAUGCUGGCUAUGUUUACAGCGACUGUAAUUUUCCUUUCUUUUUUUCUCUGAGAAAAAGAGAAAAUUUUUGCAGACCUUAUUAAAAACCAAUCAUAUGCUGUAACAGAAAAAUGCAUCAAUUGAAACAUCAUUUACUGUAAAUAUUUUCGUUUUUGGGU